AUGGACCUGGAACGACUUAAUUGCAGUAUCUGUCCAAAACAGCCCUCGUUCAGUGAUACCUCUCAUCUACUCACCCAUGUCAGUUCCAAAGGCCACUUAUCUCAUCUACACAAACUCCAGGUCCGAAGCCGUCAAGAAAUUGCCGCCGGUGUUCAGCUGGCUACCUACAAUCAAUGGUAUCAACAGCACGGCCUCGGUCAGCUCCUUUCCGAACGCAUGGUCGUGAAGGAGUCUAAGAAGGCUGGAAGGAGAAAAGCCGCUACCAAAAGAGGUGCGUAUGUGUCACAACAAAGCCCCAUUGACAAAUCCCUGUUGGAUCAGCAUUUGCCAGCAAAACGAACUGCCAGUGGUCGAAGUCAAAACCGGAGGGAGACAGCCCGGGGACAAAACUCCAGGAGAACUGAUAGUGACCCCGACUUCAGUUCUGCCAAGAGAUCAGCACGCAGACCAUGUCGAUCACAAAUCAUCUUCCCUGUCAAACGGUCUCCAUCCACUGAUAGCCCUCGCUCCGCCAAUGACGACGGUCCAGUUGAAGAUGAACACCAGAUCCUCGUCACUUCUGAAAAGAGCAAGUUGAAAGGGACUAUUUGGCCCGGCAUGGAUCUCUUUGACUCCGCCACGGAGGAAAUGAAGAGAAAGAGAAACCAAAAGAAGGAUAGAUCCGUUCUGAGACGAAUGCAAAGACUUUCUACUCUGGUGGAACCAACCGAGACUGUCUAUUCUCCUGGAGGACAUAUCAAAAAAUCGAGGCAUAUUGACGAUCUCGAAGACGCCAGCAGCCUGAUUGAGGGUGAAUCUCCCCUUCCCAAGCCAAGGCAAGUUCGACCUCACAAGAGACAACCACUCGCCACCAGAGACGCCAAUGCACCGCGACUAGUGAAACGCAAGACCAAAGGUGAUAUCUCGAAGAGACAAGCUGGACUCUCUGUUAUGGAUGGACUACCUCCUGUCCCAUACCGGCUCAGUUCCACGGCAGGAGGUUUAUAUGGCCGAGGCUCUCGCUAUCUCCCAACUGAAGAAGUUGAAGAGGACCUCAACCCAUCGGUAACGGCUGCUUCCGGAAAACGCUCCGCUACCUUUUCAAUCUUCAACGAUGGCAGUCCAGACCAUGUUCCAAAUAUCCCAACGGACGAAGGACAAAACCCACUCCGGUCUGAACAUCAGAUCUAUACGAGGACCUCACGUCUCCAAUUGCCCAUGGCAUCAGCAGCAUGGCUUCAACCACAAUAUCAGUCCGCUUUGCAAUACACAAACCCAUAUACCUCCUAUCGACCGGGAUAUCGUGGGUACCAAAACUUUUACGAUGCGUUCAAUGGGAAAGAGAAUGUUGCACCAGUGCCCGAUCCACCACCAGAGUCACGAGGGCCAACUACAAAUCCCUUACUGUGGAGGUCUUCCGUUCGUGAAGAUCCGAGCCUCGUCCCUCGGGCCGACUCCCCUUUUGACGGCUAUUUUGGCAUGUUCCCUAUCCGUGCUCAUAAUGAUGAUCCCUUCUUCACAACCAAAAACCUCCUAGCGGAGGCAUUGGAGCAAUUUGAGGAGGAAGAGGUUUCCGUGGCAAUCAAGGAAGAAGCGUUGGGGUCCCCAGCUGGUACAGUGUCCGACUACGACACGGAAAUUCCUUCUUGA